CCCAAUGUAACAGUGUAAACGCUUACAGAUCCCAAACGCUCACAGUGAUUUAUUGCAGCUUUAUAAUCUUUGGACACGUGCAUAGUGAGUUACCAUCCUUCCUCCCAAUCUGUGCCUACAGAUAUAUCUCUCUGCACAAUGCACUGGCUUCUCAUCCUCUCAUUCACCUUGAUCAGCUGGAACACACCAAGUACUUACAGCCUUUCAGUAUUCUACAGCCGUCAAGAUGCAAAUCGUGUCCUUAGACUUCACAAACGAGAGAAUACCUUGUUUGAAGAGUUAAAGUCUGGUUCACUGGAACGUGAAUGUAUUGAGGAGCAUUGUAACCUUGAAGAAGCCAAGGAGAUUUUUGGGUCCCGAGAGGCGGCUCUUAACUUUUGGACAAAAUAUCAUGAUGGCGAUCAGUGCUUGCAGGGUUCGUGUGUAAACAGUGUUUGCAAGGAUGGUAUUGGGAAAUAUGAGUGCAUCUGUGAUAAAGGCUGGGAAGGUCGCUGGUGUACCCAUGAGGCUCUAUACUCAAACUGUACAUUUAAUAAUGGAGGGUGCCACCAUUUCUGUACAGAGACGAACUCUUCCCGAGUGUGUAGCUGUGCCCCCGGGUACAAGCUAGACGAUGACUACAGUAGCUGUACUCCAUCAGUGGAGUACCCUUGCGGAAAACAGAAAAUCUUGGACUUUGAAAUUAAAGUGCGGCUCACCGGUGCCAAGCAAGGCCGAAAAGGGGACAGUCCUUGGCAGGCCAUGCUGCUUCAUGAGAGGAAAUUUCAUUGUGGUGCUGCUCUAAUUCACCCAUCUUGGGUGUUGACAGCUGCCCAUUGUAUAGUGCAUCCUGGAAAGUACUAUGUGAGAGUUGGUGAAUAUGACCGUCGAAAGAUGGAGGACACAGAGAAGCAGAUUCAGGUGGUGAAGAUCAUCGGACACAAACAGUACCAAUCUGAUAAUGCAAAUAAUGAUAUUGCUUUAUUGCGUCUCUCAGAACCUGUUGUCUAUUCCAAGUAUGUGCUUCCCAUCUGCCUGCCAAGUCUGGGACUAGCUGAGCAAUAUUUGACUAUCAAUGGCACUGAAACUAUAGUUACUGGCUGGGGAAAGCAGGAUGAAAUUCUUCGCAAUCACUCAAGCGUUUUAAGUUACAUACAGAUUCCACUGGUACACCGUAAUGAAUGUGCAGAAGUAAUGAGUCACGAAGUGUCCGAUAAUAUGAUAUGUGCUGGCCGCCUGGGGGACAAACAAGAUGCCUGCCGUGGAGACAGUGGUGGUCCCAUGGUCACCAAGUUUAGGGGCACCUGGUUUCUAGUGGGGUUGGUAAGCUGGGGGGAAGGAUGUGGACGAGAAUAUAACUAUGGAGUAUACACCAAAGUUAGCCGUUACCUAGAUUGGAUCAACCAGGAAAUUAACAAUUAUGAAACAGAAAUCGCGCGAGCAACCCAAGAAAAAGAGGCUUCACGGAAGGCACGCAAAAUCAUUAAAAAUAACAAAUAAAAUAUGUUUGACAUGGGGUUCAAAGAACUGAAGAAAAUUAAGAAAAAAAAAACCU